AUGUCGGACGACGAAGCGGUGGAUGCGGUGCAUCGUUUACCGCACGAAAUGUACGAGCGAUUAGGGUCCGUUACUGGUGGUGGAUUACGUUUUAACAUCGUUUCGGAUGCGCACAAAAACACCUCGUCGUCGUCAUCCGGCGGCGACGAUAUAAACCCAGUCGUGGAAACGUCCGUCCAACCGCGCGCGAAUCAAAUCUCUUCCUCGACGACGAACAGCAGCGAAGAGUACCAGUGCAUAGAGUACACUCGAGACGGUUCUUUGUUCGCAUCGAUCGUCACUUCAUCAUCAUCAGCGAUGUGUGAGAACGACGAGGACGAAAGUGGUGGUCAGACUACGAGUAAAACGAAUAAAACGAGUAAAACGAACGUCGUACUUUUCGACGGCGAAACGAACGCGGAAGUCACGAAAAUAUCCGAACAAUUCGUCCAAGGCGCGAGUUGCGUCGCGUUUUCAAACACCGGGAAGUUUCUCUCGAUAUAUCGCAAAGGCGCGAACCACGCCGGAGGGACCAAGGAGAAGAACUUAUCCGUCUGGGAAAUACCGAGUAAAGAAAACGACGAACCGAAGAAAGUGUUCGAGUGUUUCCAGAAGACGUUCGUGAAGCAAGAGUGGCCGUAUUUGCAGUUUUCGAAGGACGAUAAAGUGUGCGCGAGAUGCGUGACGAACGAGAUUCAGUUUUACGACGCGGAGAAGUUCGAGGAGGAAAAGGAGGAGGAGGAGACGAGUAGUCUCGCGCGGUAUCGGAUUCCAGGGGUCGCGUUGGCGAGGUUGAGCAUGAGCGAGACGAAACCGACGGUUGGGGUGUUUGUGCCGGAAAGUAAAGGAAUACCCGGGUCGGUGAGGAUUUACGAGGUGCCGGACGUGAAGAAGGAGAAGGGCGUGAGCGAACCGAACGCGGUGGCGAGAAAAUCGUUUUUUAGAAUUUCCGAGGUGGAUUUGAAGUGGUCGCCGGACGGGUCGGCGUUGUUAGUGUGCGGGUAUUGCGAAGUGGACGCGUCGAACAAAAACUAUUACGGCGAAUCCUCGCUGCACUUUUUAAAAGCGGACGGAAGUUUGGAUUGUAAAGUGGACCUGAGCAAGGAAGGACCCGUGCACGACGCGCAGUGGUCGCCGACGAGCGAGAAUUUCGCGGUGUGUUACGGGUUUAUGCCGGCAAAAUGUACCAUUUUUGACGCGAAGAAGUGCGUGGCGACGUACGAGCUAGGCGCGGGGCCGCACAAUACCAUUCGGUGGAACCCGUUCGGCAGAUUUAUCAUGCUCGCCGGGUUCGGCAAUCUUCCCGGCGACGUCAAAUUUUAUCAUCGCUUGUUCGACGGGAAGUUUAAGCUGAUGGGAAGCUGUCGAGCGGCGUGUUCGGUAACCGCGGAGUGGUCGCCGUGCGGCAGAAGGUUGUUAACGUCCACGGUUGCGCCGAGAUUGAACGUAGAUAACGGAUUUAAAAUUUGGCGAUACAACGGCGAGUUAUUGGCGCACGUAGAGAGAGAAAAAUUGUACGAAGCCGCGUGGCGGCCGAGGAAAGAAGGCGCGUACCCGAGUUUAGGAAUUUCAAAAAACAGUAAACGCGUCGAAGGUGGAUCCGCGAGCGGUUCGGUGAAUGCCAUUCCGGAGAAACCCGCCGCGUUUGUCCCGCCGCAUUUACGAAACAAAAGUGGCGGUUCGUCGACGUCUGGAAUGGGAAGCCGAUCAAACUCUGGAGGCAAUUUUUCCUUAGCCACGGUUUCCGCGGAGGAAGCGAGAGCGGGGAAAGUGAAAGCGGCGGUAGAUAACAUAGCUAAGAAACAACAACAGUCUCAACAAAAACGAGUCAUUCCGGGUGCCGAGCCGGUGGUGAAUGAAACGGCCGCGCAAAAGAAGAACAGGAAGAAAGCCGAGGCGCGCCGCGCGAAAAAGUUAGCCGAGGAAAUGGAGGCCAAGAAUAAGGUGUAA